CGAAGAAUCACAGAAGUGAACGAAGGUCGAGCAAGCAAAGCAAGCAAGCAAGCGUCCACGUUUUUUUUUGGUGUUCUUCUCCACCCACCUGCAACCAUUACCGACUCCGCUGCAAAGAAGGCGCGCACUUUUGACGCCAACAUGAAGAGCUUCAUUGAAGUGUCGCCCGACUCGGACUUUCCGAUCCAGAACCUUCCCUACGGUGUCUUCUCCAAGCCCGGCGAUGAGACCCGCCGCAUUGGCGUGGCCAUCGGCGACCAGGUUCUCGACCUGAGUGCCAUCCGCCACCUCUUCACCGGCCCCAUCCUCUCCUCCCAGCAGGAUGUCUUCGCCAAGCCUUCGCUGAACGCCCUCAUGGCGCUGGGCCGCCCCGCCUGGACCGAGGCCCGCGAGACCAUCCAGAAGCUCCUCUCCGCCGACGAGCCCACCCUUCGCGACAACCAGGAGCUCCGUGCUGCCGCCCUCGUGCCCCAGGCGGACGUGACCAUGCACCUCCCCGCCGAAGUUGGUGACUACACGGACUUCUACUCGUCGCGCGAGCACGCCAGCAACCUCGGCAGCAUGUUCCGCGACCCCUCCAACCCGCUCCUCCCCAACUGGCUGCACAUCCCCGUUGGCUACCACGGCCGCGCGUCCUCGGUCGUCAUUUCCGGCACCCCACUCCACCGCCCGUGCGGCCAGACCCGCCCCAACAACGGUCCGGUGCUCGCCUGCUGCCAUAACCGCUGUGCUUUGACUGGGAGUGUGGAGUGUGGGCAGGGAAAUGUGUUGCAGGGGAUGCUUGUCUGGUUGGCAAUGACCUCGCAUGUGGCGUUGGAGUCUGGCCGGCUCAGCACAACCUUGUGUCGCGAGAAGGUGCCUCCAUCGCACGGCGCGCUGCAUGGCGUGUACUGCCACUCCCACAGGCACCCGGCGCUGUCGACAUUGGACGCCGUGGUGCCGCCGUCCGUUGUCGUUGUGGCCAGCGAGCCCGCUCCCCUGCCUUAUCUGAAGCACGACGACCCCUACUCGUUUGACAUCAAGCUCUCUGUCAAGAUCGUCCCCGAGGGCGGCAGCGGCAAGGUGGUUGCCAACACCAACUUCAAGCACAUGUACUGGACGAUGAAGCAGCAGCUUGCCCACCACACCAUCACGGGCUGCAACGUUCGCCCAGGCGACCUCAUGGGCUCUGGCACCAUCAGCGGCACCGACCCGUCCGCGUAUGGCUCCAUGAUUGAGCUGUCGUGGAAGGGCACCAAGGAGCUUGAUGUUGGCGAUGGCGAGAAGCGCAAGUUCCUCAAGGACGGCGACACCGUUGUCCUCGCAGGCCACUGCCAGGGCGAUGGCUACCGCGUUGGCUUUGGCCAGUGCUCUGGCAAGGUCCUGCCUGCUCGCGUGCGCGUCGACUAAAACCACGUCCACGCUCAUGUGCUUGUGCGUGCACACAUCCAUGCGUGCAUUGCUGCUGUGUUCACCAUGCCAGGGCCUUUGCCCGUGUGGUUUAAUUCCGGAUGAUGACACCGUCAUGUCAUAUCAUCUCUCCUUCGUGCCAACCAACACACACGACUCUCAGUAAACACUCUGUUGAUCAA